ACCCAUGCUUCACCCACUAUUUCUAUAUGAAUAUCUUAUCAAAGUCUUAAUCUUUGAUUAUUUUCAUUAUUAGUAACUUAUUAACAUUAAUUUUGAAUAUGCAAACAUUGUCAACUAAGAUUACAUCAUGUCAAAGUUUAUUUUGUUCUAUAAUCAAAGUAAAACUCCAUAUAGUUUUGAAUCUUUCUUGCAAUGGCUAUUGACGAAGUCAAAUUUAAACUUUUUUUUUCAUCUGGGUGGUUGGUAUUUGUUUAAUACCAAUGAAGAAAUUAUGUUCAUUUGUUUGCCUAAGUCUUCAUUUGAGCACUUUUUUUUUGUAGAACUACAUAAUAUUUGGAGUAUUGGAGUAUGUUCUUCAUCAAAAAGUACCAGUAAAUUGUAAUAGAAGUGGAAACUUUUACAGUUUCCUUUUUAAUGGCAAUUUUUGAGGGUAUUGUUUAAUUAGGAAGAAGCAACAAAUAAUCUAGGUUAUACUUUAUAGGGAUGAAUUCAAGCAUCUUGGUCAAUUUGUUGCUUAUAUACUCAUAUUGUUGGGUUGUGGUAGCAAGAACAGAUCCUAAUGAUUGUAAGUUGAUCCAAAGUUUAUGUCUUUUUUUCCCCAUCUAGGCAUUUAUUAUGUUUCAAUAUGCUCUUCAACUUACUUUUUUUGAACUUAACUUAUUUUUACUGGUGAAACUGUUUUAUAGUGAUUGAAAUUGAUCUGUAUUGAUUAAAAGCUGGUUUACCACUUAAAGCUGAUUUUUGCUACUUCUAUACUGUUUGUCACAUGUGGUUACCAAUUGGGGUAUUCGUGCUAGCUGAUCGUGAUCGAAAGUGAUAUUCUUUCAAUGAAAGGGGCCUCAGUGUUGUGAUUUAGUUUGUGGCUUUUAGUGUUUACUUGUUUUAGAGUUGAUUUUACUUGCUCAUUAGUCAUUAGUAACUACUUAGGAUAUUGAGUAGGGAUUUGAGAGGAGGGUGCUUUGAAGUUAGUUGGAAGAGGCUCCUACUAGAGAUUUACUUGUUAAUAUUGGCAGUGUCAUGAUCUCUGGCCCCUAUGCUUUUAGGUGGAGAUUCAGGAUUUUAUUUUUCAAGAAACGACUUCUACAGUAUGGGUUAGCCAUCACAUUUCAAUGCAUGCUUCGCCUUGUGUGGUCAAUGAUUCUAUAAAUAUUAAAUAUUAGGAAUCAGAUUUUGAUGAUAAUUGUGCAACUACUCACUGGCAUGCCCUGAUUUAGAUGAUGCCUUACGCGCAUAAUCCAUUCAGGUUUCUUGGUUGAAAGAUGAUCAUGUUAGUCAAUUAUGCAUUUAGUUCUAAAAAAGCUAUGUCUAGGCUGAGUUGUGUAAUAGUUUUGGUUCUUCUUAAGGAAAUCAAAUAAAAUAGAAAUCAUCAUCCAUUUGUUGUAGAGGAAAUGGGUAACUUAGCAAAAUCGAGCUGACAAACAACAGUAGUUCGUAAAAAUUAUAUUAGCCAAUGGAGUGAUAGAUUUAUGAUAACAUUGUUAAAGAUCAGUUUGAUGUACAUGGACCUCUUCCUCUUGGUUUAAAAGGACGAUGCAAGGAAAUUAGAUUCUUGUUUUGCAUAAUUCUUCCAAAAUCCUUCCUUCUAUCCUUCUUGUACAAACCAUAUAUCUUAAUAAGCAGCUAGAAGCAACACUCAUCUGGAAUUGUAUAGAGCCUUUAGUUAAUAGCUGCUAAGAACUUAUGGCUCUUGUUCUAAAGGUCUUUUUAUAUGUGAUAACAAGUCCUUGAGUUCUGAGUUCGAUGUACUUAAAAUUUGGAUGCUCUUUGGGCCAAUAUUUCCUGAGGUGAAAGCACCCUUCACAGAUGUGUGGCGUUGAAACUCACAAGUUACUACAGAGUCUCCUUGCAGUGUCUCCAUUUUUCAAGAUACAUGAAUAUAGUUGCAUUUCCUAUGGACUGUACCAUUCCAGCUUUGGUUAAGCUGAGUAUUUUGGAAGAGGAGACAUCAGACAUCUAUGUUUUCUUAUGGUGUCUCGUGACUGCAUUGAGAUCGCUCCAGGAACAAUGGCAAAACACACCACCCAACUGGGUCAGACGUGAUCCAUGUGGUCGGAGAUGGGAGGGAAUUUAUUGUAAUGAAUCACGUGUAAUUGAGAUUAUAUUGCCAGGAACGAAUUUAGCUGGUCCAUUGCCUGAAGAAAUCUUAUCAUUAUCUGAACUACAGACUUUAGAUCUAUCGAACAACAGAGGUUUGACAGGCCCACUUCCAUCAAGUAUCGGCAAUCUGAGUAACUUAGUGAGCCUUGUUCUUGUGGGCUGUAAUUUCUCUGGUCCAAUUCCAGAGUCUAUAGGAUCUCUUCAGAGGCUUACUCAUUUGUUCCUGAACAUAAAUCACUUUAGUGGAAACAUACCACAUUCCAUUGGUAACCUCAGAAAUCUUAUCUGGCUUGAUCUUAGCGAAAACGAGCUGGAUGGAACAUUACCAAUUUCCAACACGACUACCCCUGGCCUGGACAUGCUGCUUAAUGCCCAUCACUUUCAUCUUGGACAGAAUAGGUUCUCCGGUGAACUUCCAGCAGAACUUUUCAGUUCAAGGAUGACUCUGAUACAUAUCAUCUUAAAUGAGAACCAGCUUAAUGGAAGUAUUCCAGACACACUGGGAGAUAUACGGACUCUAACAGUCAUUCGGUUGGACAGAAACUCCCUUAGUGGGUCUGUUCCCCAAAAUUUAAGCAUGCUCACUAGUUUGAAUCAGCUCUACUUGGCAAACAACAACUUGAGCGGGCCAAUCCCUGAUCUUACAGACAUGAAUCUCCUUACAUAUGUAGACUUGAGUAAUAAUAGCUUCGACGUAGCGGCUGGUCCUCAAUGGUUUGAGACUUUGCCAAAUUUAACAACAUUAAUGAUGGAGAACACUAGAUUAGAAGGGAAUAUAUCAACAGCAAUGUUGAGCUUACCUCAACUACAAACUGUUGUACUAAGAAACAACCAGCUUAAUGGCAAUUUGGAACUUCCUGCAAACAUCAGCAGCAGUCUCCGCCUAAUAGAUCUACGGAAUAAUUCCAUUGAUGGGUUUAGGUUCGGAGUAUACAACAGGAGCAGGCUUAGCAUUAUGCUGGAUGAAAAUCGAUUUUGUCUGACGCCAGAAGCAGCAGGAAUCUGCAAUACUAGCCAACCUUUAAAUUAUUUCAUACCCCUAGAGAAUUGUGCUCCUCUACCCUGCUUUUCAGACCCAACAUCUGAAUCUGAGUGCACUCGACCUUACCUUGGUAACCUGGUAUUCAGAUCAUUCAACUUUUCUGAUCUGGAGAACAUGCUGUACUAUGCCUUUUUGGCAGACUCUUUGCAACCUUUUCUUGCUGAUCGAGUACCAUUAGAUAGAGUGUGUUUAACGAGUGCAAUGAUAGAUGUAAAUGGGUUCCUUGUAUUGAAUGUAUCAUUCUUUCCUCCGGGUGGAGCUUACUUUAAUCGAACAGGAAUAUCUACUGUUGGGAAUGUCCUCAACAACCAUUUAUAUGAAUCACCUUAUGGGCCUUAUUACUACACUGAUCUGCCUUAUACUGCCUUUCCAGAACGAACCAUAAAUACUGGACUUAUUGUUGGACUAGCGGUAGGUGGCUUUGUGCUUGUGGUGCUAACAAUCGCUUCUGGAGUUUAUGCCUAUCGUCAAAGAAAGAUAGCUCAGAGAGCUGCUAAAUUAAACAAUCCUUUCUCAUCUUGGAACGAAGGUAAUGUUCCUCAGUUGAAGGGGGCUAAAUGGUUCUCCUUUGAAGAUGUUCAGCAGUGCACCAGAUUUUUUUCACAUGAAAGUCAGAUUGGAGUUGGGGGUUACGGAAAGGUUUAUAAGGGAAAACUUAGCACUGGAGAACUAGUAGCGAUCAAGAGAGCUCAACAAGGAUCACUGCAGGGCGCCCUGGAGUUCAAGACCGAGAUUGAACUAUUAUCAAGGGUUCACCACAAGAAUGUUGUAAAUCUAAUUGGUUUCUGUUAUGAUAAAGGUGAACAGAUGCUGGUUUAUGAAUACGUCCCAAAUGGCAGCCUGAGGGAAGCUCUCUCAGGGAAAUCUGGAGUUCAACUAAAUUGGAUGAGGAGGCUAAAAAUAGCUGUUGGCGCAGCUAGAGGUCUGACAUACUUGCAUGAGCUUGCUGAUCCACCCAUCAUACACAGGGACAUUAAAUCAGACAAUAUUCUUCUGGGUGAUAACUUGAAUGCAAAAGUGGCAGAUUUUGGUUUGUCCAGACUUUUGAAUGAGGAUAAGGGUCAGGUCACCCAAGUUAAAGGAACAAUGGGUUACUUGGAUCCAGAAUACUACAUGACCCAAAUAUUAACCGAGAAGAGUGAUGUCUAUAGUUUUGGAGUGGUGAUGCUCGAGCUAGUGACUGGAAAGAUGCCUUUAGAGAAAAACAAAUACGUCGUUAGAUUAGUAAGGGAGGCGAUGAUGGAGGCAGGACAUGCAUACGACCUUGUUGAUCCUGCCCUUUCUUCAGACACUCUGGUUGGCAUGGAGAUAUUUGUGAAAUUGGCAAUUAGGUGUCUUCAAGACAUGGGAGAUGAACGGCCUUCAAUGAGCGAGGUGGUGAAAGAGAUUGAGAAAAUGAUCGAAGCAAAUGAUUUGAUUGAUGAAAUUGAAUCAACAACCACUUCAGCGAGCUACGAUGGAGCAAGAGAAGGUGGUCAUCCUUAUAGUCAUAUGUAUAGCAGCAACAGCAAUGUCUCCUUUGAUAGCAGAGCAAGCAGUCCUUUUCUUAGAUGAGCAAACUUUUGUACAAAUGCUCAUCUGGUCACUUUCUUCUUUGUAUUUGAGUUCUAUAUAUAGACUUCUUCCUUUUGACUAUCCCCGUGUAGGGAAAAUAUAAGUUUCAUAUAGUUUUCCGUAAAAACUACAGAAGUUCAAGACUAUAUUAACAAAUACUUCCUCCGCUUUGAAAUAGUUGCACCAUUUCUAUUUUGUGCAUUAUUCACAUCUUACACUUAGAUUGUCUUUGGUGAUUUAUAUUUAAGGAAAAACAUACACGUGGGGUCUUGUUAGAUUUGUGUCGAUGUAAAUUCUUUAAUAUAAUUUUUUUAUAAA